UCUCUCAAAUCAAUCACUGGCCGCCCGCUCUAGCUAGCCUAGCUCCAUCAAUUCACAACAAGAAGCAAGAAGAAGAAAUAUGGAGACUCUAACUCUAUCUUUGUUCUUCUUCACCGCGGCUGCAAUCUACCUAGUCUGGUUCUACUUCCUUGCCCGCCAGCUCACCGGCCCCAAAGUAUGGCCGCUGGUGGGCAGCCUCCCACUCCUCUACAAGAACCGGGCCCGCUUCCACGACUGGGUCGCCGGCAACCUCCGCGGCACCGGCGGAGCGUCCACGUACCAGACCUGCACCAUCCCCUUCCCUUUCUUGGCCAGGACGCUAGGGUUCUACACCGUCACCUGCCACCCCAAAAACAUCGAGCACAUCCUCCGCACCCGCUUCGACAACUACCCCAAGGGCCCACAGUGGCAGGCCGCCUUCCACGACCUGCUGGGCCAGGGCAUCUUCAACAGCGACGGCGACACCUGGCUCAUCCAGCGCAAGACCGCCGCCCUCGAGUUCACCACCCGCACCCUCCGCCAGGCCAUGGCCCGCUGGGUCAACCGCACCAUCAAGGCCCGCCUCUGGCCCAUCUUGGGCCGCGCAGCUGCCACCAAAACCGCCCUCGAUCUCCAGGACCUCUUGCUUCGUUUGACUUUCGACAACAUCUGCGGCCUCACCUUCGGGAAGGAUCCAGAAACUCUCUCCCCGGAAAUGCCCGACAACCCCUUCGCACUCGCCUUCGACACCGCCACUGAGGCCACGCUCCAGCGACUCCUCUACCCGGGCCUCCUCUGGCGCGUGGAGAAGCUCCUCGGGAUCGGCGCAGAGAGGCGCCUCACAGCCAGCCUCCAGAUCGUUGGCAAGUACAUGGACGACGCCGUACAGGCGAGGAAGGAGAAGCCCUCCGACGAUCUCCUGUCGCGCUUCUUGAAGAAGCGUGACGCCGACGGGAACCCGUUCUCGGUUCCCGUCCUCCAGCGGAUCGCGCUCAACUUCGUCCUGGCCGGGCGCGACACGUCAUCUGUCGCGCUCAGCUGGUUCUUCUGGCUAGUGAUGAACAACCGGCGCGUGGAGGACGAGAUUAUAAAAGAAAUCACGACCGUCCUGAAAGAGACACGUGGCGAGGAUCCGAAGAAGUGGGUGGAGGACCCGCUGACGUUCGACGAGGCGGACAAGCUGGUGUACCUGAAGGCGUCCCUGGCGGAGACGCUGAGGCUGUACCCGUCGGUGCCGGAGGACUUCAAGUACGUGGUGGCGGACGACGUGCUGCCCGACGGGACGGUGGUGCCGGCUGGGUCGUCGGUGACGUACUCGAUCUACUCGAUGGGGAGGAUGAAGAGCAUAUGGGGGGAGGAUUGCCUGGAGUUCAAGCCGGAGAGGUGGGUGUCGGAGAGCGGCGGCGGUUACAAGUUCGAGACGCCCAAGGACGGGUACAAGUUCGUGGCGUUCAAUGCGGGGCCCAGGACGUGCCUCGGGAAGGACCUGGCAUACUUGCAGAUGAAGUCGGUGGCGUCGGCGGUGCUGCUGCGCUACCGCCUGUCGCCGGAGCCGGGCCACCGCGUGGUGCAGAAGAUGUCGCUGACGUUGUUCAUGAAGCACGGACUACGUGUCAUGUUGGAGCCGCGUGGUCUUGCUGCUGAGUGAAAUGGACGGUGUGAAGGUUGGUGAAAGGAAGUACUGUAACUAUAUAUAAAUACGUCGUCGUUGCGGAAUUAUUUAUUUUAAUUUCGUACAUUUAAUUUGCAUGCGCAGUUGUAUUGCUAUUGGUGAUUUUCGUGUGGGUUUAUUUGGGGGCAAAGUUUGAAUUUAUAUAUGUUUGUUCGUGUAUUUCCUUCCAUGUCUCGAGAGAUGUGGGUUUUCAUGUAAUAAGUAUACAAUUUCGAUGGAACAAGAAAGGCCUACUCUUUAUUUUGAUUUCAUAUUCGAAGUUUAUACAUAGUUUGUAAAGUUCAAUUUUCGAGGAAAUCAUAUUUGUAAACAUAUACGCGCAAUAACUUUAAAGUCGCAUG